CACUAACAUCAUUUGGAAACAUUUGAAGCUUCGAUUUUAUCCAGACAAGGGGGAAAGAUGGGAAUGGUCUCAUAAGGACUUGUAGGGUUGGCAGGAUACUUAUCACGAGUUAAUUCGACUCAGAAAUUAUCUACGCAACUCGGAUAAAUUAUCUGAAGAUGUCUCGCGCCUCGAAGCUCACCCUGGCGGGCACCUCUCUCUUCGCCGUAGGUACGGUCAUCGUGGUGCACUUUCAGCAGAAGAUGGAAAAGGAGGCCAUGCAUCAAGGUGUUGUGCGCGACAUGGAGCAGCAGCGCAUAAAGAAGGAACGCCAGCUCGACUUUGAGAUGCAAAAAGUCCUAGAGGAGGAGUAUAAGAAGGGUCAAACUGUCCGAGACACUACGGCGGAACUCGAAGCCAAGAAAUUACCAGACCGGUAGCCGUGGUUGCUACGUCCGUCUUCUUAAGUCUCUGUGUCUCCGGAACUCCGCAUGUUGCCGAGGAAUGCAUGGGCUCUUUCUAGGUGCGUGACGAUUUACCACCCGAGAGAAGGCGAUUGUGUUAAACAGUGAAACUUUGGUUUGCAGAUAUCCAUCCAUGAUACUAGCAGGCUUGAUCGGCCGAGAAUUCUAGAGCCCGCCUCCUCCUAAUUAACCCUGGAACUUCCUCGGAGAACGAUGCCUUUUCAUCCUCUGCUGCAUCUGCCAACAAGCCUGAUAGAUAUUCAAUAGCAAUAUAUCAUUUUGCCAAUAA